GCAAAACUCUUGCAUGCUCCCAACGAGUACCAAACCAUUACCCCGAAAGAUCCCAAGUAUUACGGAACUACCCCUCUCCGGGUCUCCUUUACCGGAAGUAAUUUAACCACCGACAAGUAGCCGUUACCUCCUCUCACCUUCCCCUCUUCACAGCUUCCCAUACAAAAGACGCUGCUUAGAACGCCACGUCAGCAGUAACUAUCCAAAUUACCAAAAUACCCUUCUUUCUCCCCCCUUUAAAAACCUUCGUCUGUUGUCCUCCCCACCAAAAUUUCAGACGCCAUGGACGAGAAUGCCCUCUUCCCUGAUUCCGACCUCGACUUCAGCUUCACCAGCUGCGCCUCCAACACCUCCACCGACCGUACAUUCGCAUCUUCAAGCGCUCGCAGUAGCAGCGUCAGCUUCACCGACCGGCCCCACGCCCUCCCGGCGGCCGGAACACGCCACCCCCACCGGAGAUCUGACCCACGUUGGUCCGCGGUCCUCGCCGCCACCCGCAUCUCCCCCGACGGCACCCUCCGCCUCCGCGACCUCGAGCUCGUCCGCCACGUUGGCAGCGGCAACCUCGGCCGCGUCUACCUCUGCCGCCUGAGAGACGCGCCGGACGGUUGCAGCCCGUCCUUCGCGCUGAAGGUCGUGGACAGGGACGCCCUCACGCCAAAGAAGCUCUCCCACGUGCAGGCCGAGGCGCACGUACUGUCGACGCUCGAUCACCCCUUCCUCCCGACGCUGUACGCGCAUCUCGAGGUCUCGCACUACACGUGCCUCCUCAUCGAUUUCUGCUCGGGCGGAGACCUCCAUGCUCUGCUGCGGAGGCAACCGGGGAACAGGCUGCCUGUCGAGUCCGUACGGUUCUACGCGGCCGAGGUCCUGGUGGCGCUCGAGUACCUGCACGCGAUGGGGGUGGUUUACCGGGACCUGAAACCGGAGAACGUGCUGCUGAGGGAGGACGGCCACAUCAUGCUGUCGGAUUUCGAUCUCUGCUUCAAGGCCGAUGUGGACCCCACCUUGCUGAAAACGAUGGAUGUGGGGCCCACCAGAUCACGGUACGGAUGCUUCGGGGGGAGUGCUGACGUGGACGUCGGGAUUGAGUUCGUGGCGGAGCCGACGAAGGCGUUCUCGAAGUCGUGCGUUGGGACCCACGAAUACCUUGCGCCGGAGCUAGUUAACGGUAACGGUCACGGUAACGGCGUCGACUGGUGGGCGUUCGGGGUUUUCGUGUACGAGCUGCUGUACGGACGGACACCGUUUAAGGGAGGGAGUAAGGAGGCCACCCUGCGCAAUAUAGCAUCGGCCAAGGGGGUGAGGUUUACUGCUGACGUGGCGGGGGAGGCAGGUGGGGAACUGGUGGCCGAGGCGCGGGACCUGAUCGAGCAGCUGCUGGUGAGGGACCCCAAAAGGAGGCUAGGAUGCGCCAGGGGUGCGACGGAGGUUAAGCGGCACCCGUUCUUUGAAGGGAUCAAGUGGCCGUUGAUACGGUGCUAUCCUGCGCCGGGAGUGCGCAGGAGGAGCACGCGUGAUGCGCACGUGGGUGGGAGGAGGGAGGGAAAUAAGAGGUGGAGUUGGAUGAGGUUGGGGUAUUUCGGUAAAAAAGGGUUCAUGCAUGGGUUAAAAGGCAGGAAAUUGGUGUGAUUUUAUUUUAUUUUAUUUUAUUUUUGUAUUUAUUACACUCGGAUUUUGUGUAAAAAUGAGGAGAGACUCGCUAUAAUUUUUGUAAAAAUGUGGUAUAUUUUUGUCAA